AUGACUUCAGAUUCUAAGUACUCGGAACCUGCCAUACCAGAACCUCUCCCGCUCAUACACGAGACCAUAUCUCCCGUGUACACAUCUAUCCAAGCCAGGCACAAAUCGUUCCGCCAGGCGGCGUGGCCACGUAACCGGAGUGUGCGAUACUUCCUAGCAUGUGCCGGCUUCGUUUACAUCAAGGAUCGUCCGAUCACCUGCGUCUCUUGCCUCAGGGGGAUUGAAAGCGAAGCUCUAAUCGAUCUGGUAGCUUCAUCGGACUGGGACUUGACAGGAUACCACUGCGAGGGCUGCGCCUUCACCUGCGGCGAUCCGGAAUGCCAUGACUGCGAAGUCACAUUUCGGGGUUGGAAAGGCUGGAAGACGCACAUGACGAACCAGCAUAUGAUAUCCGUCAUUCUCUCACGCAGUCAAAUCUUGGAAGCAACUUCAAAACCCUCUACAGUGAGCUCCCUGGGAAAGCGCACGGAUCUGAAGCGAUCAGGGUCACUUGUGUCCACCAGCUCCUUGCCCGUCAAAAAGUCCAAGAACGAUCUUCCCGAAACUUUGCAUGUCGCACCGAGAACUGUGGCGUCCCUCACUCCUUCGCCAAAACACGAAAUCGAACCUUGCACACCUGAGCUAUCUCAGCUCGGUGCUACAACUGUUGUGUCUACAGAGCCCUCGCAUGAUAUCAUGGCUUUGGUAUCCUACGACUGGGAUCGGAAGACCAUCACGGUUAUCUCGGUUGAGCAGAUCUACGAGGAGCAAAGCCCCCAACGCCUCACCGCCUCGGAGAUUAUCCGAAAAUUUUCUCUGGUCAAGGGCGGCAAGGAGUCGCGUGAGGGAGAUGAUAUACCGGGCGUGGCAAGACUGAGUUCGAUCCUCGCCCUUAUGACCCGAGACGAGUUCGAGAACCUGCAAACGUACAUUCGUUUUCAGCGGGAGUCAGAAUAUGAUCUACUAGCGCUGUAUGAAGACGAUAUCUCAAAAGACGGCAUGGUAGGGAGCAUUGACGUCGACCAUGCACGGGGCUGGUUUCAUGGAAAGCGUGCGAAUGAUCCGCAGUCUGAGGACUAUUCUGCGCGGGCAGAGGAGCUCGUUUCGGGCCUCAGUCACUCACUCACUUUCAUGGCAAAAGCUGCAAUGGAUGACGAAUUGAUUCAUAUGAGUAUUCGCGAGGAAGUAGCGAAAUAUUCCCCUGACCACGAGGAUGCCGGAACAAGCAGCGACGAGAUCGAUAGUUACGCGACUCUGCCGCUCGUGAGCAACAGAACGAAACGACCACCACCCCCAGCAAGACGACGUCCCCGCAAGAGGAAUAGAGAUUCUGACUACCAGCCAUCCGAGUCCCCCGAGCCAAUUCCUCCCAAGAUAACAACUUUCACUAAGUUGUCCCAAACAGCGAUCUCGACUGUGGUGUCCUUCGAGCCGACCGUCCCAGAAGACGUCGUCACUGUCAUCACUUACAACUGGGAGCGCGAGGAUACCUCAGUUGCAGCGGUCGAGGAGCUUGAGCACAGCGAGGAAGUCCCACGUCUUACUGCCUUGGAGGCCAUUCGCAGGAUCGCCCCGGUGCGUGGAUGGAGCCCGCAGGAGGAGAACGAUGCAGGCAUCCGAAGGCCGGUACACACAACCCUGACAGCCCUCAUGAGGAGGGGGGAGUACCUGAAACUCGUGGACUACGUGCACGCGUUCCGCGCCAUUCCCUUCUUCCUGUCCCAAGACCUUCCCAGAACGCUGAACCUUGCCCUUGCAAAUCUUGCCGAUCGGGAAAUGGGCAAACGGGAGGGCUUGCACAACAUUAGAACUGAAGUCAUAGCCCGACAAAAACUUUCAUUUGCACUGACAGCAUCAACUCCACCUCAUCGCCCUCUCAAUUUCCUUCUCUUCCGCUCUUUCUCUCCGCGCAAGCUCAAGUCCAGCAACCUCGGAGCAGCGAUCAACCCGGGCAUGCCCCAUAAGAUGUCGGCCGCAACAACUGCGAGUGACAAGGUCACCGCCCACAUUCGCGUGCAUCACUACGUUGAAGCUCGGCUAGAGUCUUUUGAAAACAGGCUGAACGCAUUCAACAACUUCGGCUCAGUCCACGCGUUUGUUCCCAACUGCAUCCUGGCCUUUGCGGGAUUCUAUCACGAACCAGACUCCCUGGCUUUGACCAAUGACUAUGAUCACUUCACUGUACGAUGCGGCCACUGCUACGAAGGAUUCCACCAGGCAGAACUAGAGAUGGUGGCGCAGGGAAACAUCUUGAGCGAGCGCCACGCCAAGGGCUGCUACUGGAAACGCACAGGCUCACUAAAGUGCUUCACAUGCAAACACGAGUGCGCGGACUGGAAAGCCAUGCUGGAGCAUGCUCUCGUGGCCCACCUGGUUCAGAGGAUGAAGCCUGAGGCGAGGAACUGCGAAAUCUUGUUGCAAACGGCGAGGGACCAUGUAUUCCAGAUGGUCGUGGGACCGCAGAAACUACCCGCCCUACCGCCCGAAAUCGAAUCCAGGAUUGCCGAGUGGGAGGCUGCUGACCCCAUCAACCCCCUGAAGCGUUUUUGGGAGGGCUGCAUGUCUCCUGGAACCUCCAUGCCCUGCACUCCGCAAACUAUUGUCUCCCCGCCAAAGACUCCUGCUGGAACCGCGCACCAUUCCACUACGGAUUACUUUACCGCGAUUCACAAUGCGGGUGAGAACAACAACAGCGAGUCCGGUAAACAAAUCCUUCCGCAGCCGCCGCUGGCCAGCAACGCAACCGAGGGCAUCGCAGCUCACCAGGCAGAGAUGGAAGCUCUCAAGGGUGCUCACGACAAGGCGAUCGGCGAGCUGAAGCGCGAGCACGAGGCGGAGCUGGCGAGAACACAGGCCGUGCACGAGGACAAGCUUAUCAGCACGCAACAAGAAAACGCCGAGAAGACGCGUCUCGUCGCUAUCAUGGCCGCCGAGCUCGCACGGAUGCAAGAGCUGCGCUUCGAGCGAGCUCACGUGUCGUCUCAGUCUGGCGAAGUGGUUGUUGUUGCCACAUGCGAUCCUGCUACCAAGGAGGUCACCAUUCGAGCCAACAUCGAUGCCGGCUUUGGAAACGGCCUUCCCAAGCUGUCUGCCUCGGCGAUGAAAGACAAGAUGGCGGUUCGCCAGGCGGCGGAGAUGAACAACGGACAGACAGAGAGGAAGCGUCUCUUCUGGAGGGGCGCGGCAGAGUUACCCAAGGCACCUGUUGCGAUGGAGCCCAUGGUGGCGGUGAUGAGCUGCCAGGAGUUCGAGGCUCUCUGUUCCAUAUUCCGCCUGAAUGGAAACAAGCUCAAGUAG